UGGCGUCAUCACAGAGCGCGUCGCCUGCAGGAUGGUGGCUCCCGCCCGGCUCCUCCGGCGGGCCUUUUCCUCAGCGUCCGACGGGCGGAGGCGGAGGAGGGCGUGGGAGGCUUCGCUGUCGCCUUUGGAGAGAGUGAAGCGGCUGCUGCCGCCGGAGCAGGCUGCGGCGGUGGAGCGCUGCGCGGAGCCCCGCUCCUCGGCCUCCCCGCAGGCGCCUCCCGAGGAGAAAAUGGCGGCGCCGAGCGCGGCGCCCACCGCAGCGCCUUCCCCGCAGGGACCUCGCGAGGAGAAAAUGGCGGCGCGCCACAGCCCGCUCCGCGCGGGGGAGCUGGCGCUGGCGGAGCUGCGGAGGAAGCACAACGCGACGCUGAAGCUGCUGUGCCGCUUGGAGGCGGGCGCGGUGCUGAACUCGCACGGCGGGCUCCUGCCGCACCGGGACAUCAUUGGGCGGCUGCCCGGGCAGCUGCUGCGCUCCUCGGCCGGGGCGCGGCUGCUGCUGAGGCGGCCCUCGCUGGACGAGUACGUGCUGCUGAUGCCGCGGGGACCCACCAUCGCCUACCCCAAGGAUAUCAGUGCUAUGCUGAUGAUGAUGGAUGUCCACCCAGGAGACGUUGUGUUGGAGAGUGGCAGCGGGUCUGGUGCUCUGAGCUUGUUUCUGUCAAGAGCGGUUGGGCCCGAGGGACGUGUUAUCAGCUAUGAAAUCAGAGAUGACCAUCACAACUUAGCAAAGAAGAACUACAGGCAUUGGCGCACAACGUGGAAAAUAGGACAUAUGGAGGAGUGGCCAGAUAACGUGGAUUUCAUUCUUAAAGACAUCUCAAGAGCUGCUGAGGAUAUGAAAUCUUUAACAUUUGAUGCAAUAGUUCUGGAUAUGCUUAACCCUCAAUCUGCUCUACCUGUUGUACACCCCAGUCUUAAAGAGGGUGGUGUGUGUGCUGUGUAUUUAGCUAACAUCACACAGGUUAUAGACCUUUUAGACAGAAUACGGACAUGCAGGCUCCCUUUCUCCUGUGAAAAGAUCGUUGAGGUAACUCAUAGAAAUUGGUUGGUGCUCCCUGCUAAAAUCAAGAACUGCAAAUCAAGCCAAAGAGUGGAAACUCAAGAAGAUAUCGAGGAAGAUCCUCAACAGAAAGAAUGUGAUGAAAUCCAAACUCUGGAUCAAAUAGUUCUUAACGAAGGUGAAGGCGAUGAGUCAUUUCCUGAUGAUGCUGAAACACACUGCUCAGCACCUUACGUUGCGAGACCAUCGCGUUGGCAGGACGCUCAUUCAGGCUCUGACAGUCUACCAGAAAUCAGGAGGGGGAAGAAAAUUGGUAAGAAAACUUCUGAGAUGCUAGUGAAGCAGCUUCCAACUUGGCUACAUACCAACUGGUUGCUAUUGGGUUCUGUAAGAAUAGUGUUUGCACAACUGUAAUGGAAACUGAAAUUCACUGAACUUGUUCUUUAGAUAAAAGCUGUGCUCGUUUCUAAGAAAAGAUACCAGUUGUUGAUAAGAAUAGCUUUUUUUCCAGAAACUAUGCUGAGAUCUGCCAUGGUAUUUAUUAGCUUUGCUAUGAGGUACUCAAAUGGUCAAAUCAGACACAGAGCUGGAACUUGAAGGUUAAUUAAUUGAAACUCUAACCCUUAAUAAGGAAGUAAUAAAUAAUUAAUACUAAGAACACUGCAAUAUGUCUUUGCAGAACAGGGGCCUUAGCACAGGAAGUUUACAUCUCAGAGGUUCCACUCUCAACUGUAAUGAAAGAUUAGACAUAACUGCUCUGAGUAUCAGAGGCUUCUCAUGUAAAGGCUCAGGAGACAGCUUUGAGUAGUUCGCUAUGUAAAGAUUCUAUUCUAUAAAACAGUUUUUGCAAUAAACUCCUAUAUUCUUUUCCAUACAUGCCCCAACUCUGAAAGAGUAUCUUGCAUAAAUUCUGUCAGAGACAGAGCUGCACUUAAAGGAGACAGAUCAUCGUACCACACCAAGGAUAAAGCGGUCCUUACUGUGGUUUAAAGGGCAAACACAGCCUCAGUUGCCUAAACUAAUUCAAAAAUAUUUGCGGUAUUUAACCAUACCUUGGGCAGAAGCAGGAGAGUCAACUAGCAUUUUUUCAAUUGCAAAGGUGUCCUUCGAAUCCUGGGAUGAACAUAACUCUUCUAAACUGCUAGCAGAUGAGGAGGAAGAUGACAAUCCCAGUCGUACAAAUCUUCCUUUGUUACCACAGACGUAACAGGGGAUAGGAGAAUUAUUAGGUCCUCGUGGCAGCAGAAUUUUAUCUUUGUUGUAGUUCCUUAUGGCUCCACUGUGGUACACAGAGCGUUCUCGCUGCCAGAUGUAAUGUGUUGGAGCAAUAGCCAUUACCUAGCAGAGCAACCAUUCCAUCAGAAGUGAAAAUAACUGGCAAACAUACAGCUGAGAACAAGGGAUCCAAUUCACAUAUAACAAAAUUAAGACUAGAGAAGAGGUACCUUGUCUGCAUCAGUCUCACUAGUUUUGCUAACGCAGGCGAGAAUAAGUGGACUGGUUGUAUUCAGAUGUUUAAAUGUGAUAAGUAAAGCAUCACAAAUGCCAGGUUAUGCUUUAUUUGUUGGACUGAAGUUGUUGUCUUUUACUAUUAAACAUAAACUAGAUGGA